ACUCAUAAAAAGUUUAAUAAGCAAUUGAAAAGCAAUUCAACGAAAGCAAAAAUAUUUAUAUUUUAAAGAAAUAAAAUACUUCGAACUACAAAAAUGGCAAUGUGUAAAAGCUUGACAAUUUCACUAUUUUUGGCUGCAUUCCUUAUCUGCAAUAUUUCUGCCAAUUCGGUGCCCAGUGACGCUGAUGAUUGCCCACUUAUUUGUCCAGCUCUCUAUUCACCCGUUUGUGGUUAUAAUGGAAAACUGUACAAGGAGUUUAGUAAUUCUUGUGAAUUGAAGAGCAGCAACUGUCGUUUGGAACGUUCUGCAGUGCAACCCUACGCACAAACUGAUAUUGCUUGGUGCACCUCUGAUUUGGUUGAAAAUUUACUCGAAAAAUUGGGCAAUCUUGAUAUUAACAAACCAGAAUGCUUUAAGCCUUGUCCAAUGAUUUAUCAACCAGUUUGUGUCUCCAAUGGAAAAUUACGAGCAACAGUAGCUCAUCCAUGUGCAAUGGACUUGUACAAUUGUGCUAUGGGUAGUGAUUCUGCAAUUGAACAAUUUAGAAUCUUACGUGCUGGUGAAUGCUAAAUUCUCAAUGGUGUUUUUUUUAAACUAUUUUAAUAUAUUAUAAUUUUAUUUAUAUUUUAAAUAUAUUUAUGUAUGUCAUGAAAAUAUCAACUAAAUCCAUUUACUGAUAACUUAAAA